UGUUAUCUUGACUUUGUUUAUUUUGCUGCAUGCAUUUGAUACUUUUUUACUGGACAAAGGAAUCUUGAGUAGAAAGUGAUUUGAAAUGACCUCGUCCGAAACAUCAGCAUCGGCUUUCUCGAGCUCGGACACAGCCGCCCUGGAGCGUCAGGCGGAAGUGGAGCAGCCGGUGACCUUGGAACAGAUCUGGAACGAAAACCACCGGCGAUCGAGCGUAGAUUGGAUUCGCAAAAGUGGUUACAAAAGGGUUUGCCUGCAAUUCCCAGACGACUAUCUGCCCCACAGCAAUGCAAUUAGUGUGGGCCUGAAGGAGCUACUUGCGCCGGAGGACGUGAAAGUCUUCAUCCUGGCGGACACCACAUACGGAAGCUGCUGCGUGGACGAGAUUGCGGCUGCCCAUGUGGAUGCAGACAGUGUGAUUCACUUCGGAAACGCAUGUCGCAGUAGGGCCGCCCGCCUGCCGGUACUUUACCUUUAUCCAGAGUUGCCGCUGGAUGUGAAUGUUCUCCUGAGCAAGCUGCAAGGUCUGCGCGCGGAGAGCAUAGAUCGACAGGUAUGCGUGUACCUGGACAUUGGGUACCAGCAUGUGUACGGGGAAAAGCUAAAGAAGCAGCUGUCCGAGAUCCUGGAGCCCAAAGAACUGCUGCUGGAACUGUUUCCGCCCAUCGAGGCAGAAUCAACGACAACUAGGGAGACCACGAACCUUGAGAGGAUUUGUAUUUUCAUAGGCGCCGAUAACCAGCGAUUCGCUAAUCUCUCUCUGACCGCUCCAGCUGCCGUGCAAUGGCACAUCUACGAUGGAUCAUCUGACAGUCUCAGCUCAAAAAAUCCCCUCACGGCUCAGUUCAUCCGCCGUCGCUACUUCCACAUCGAAAAGUGUAAGGAUGCACAAACACUGGGACUCAUUGUGGCCACUCUUUCGGCUGAAGGUUACUUAGAUGUGGUGACGCGACUGCAAACAAUGGCGAAGGGCAGAGGCAUUAAGACGCAGCUUAUUUCCGUGGGCAGGAUUAACCCAGCCAAACUCGCUAACUUCCUGGAAAUCGAUUGUUUUGUCCUGAUCGGUUGCCCGUUCAAUAAUAUGUACGACUCCAAAGAGUACUAUAAGCCCAUUGUCUCUGUCUUCGAGGCAGAGAUGGCCUUGAAUCCCGCCUGGCACAUGAGAUACCCCGAAGCUUAUGUUACGGAUUUCAAACAACUUCUGCCGGAAGGACGCAGCUUCUUGCCUUUUGAUGCGGCAGAUAUACCAGAGAACGACGUCAGCUUGGUGAGUGGAAGGCUACGAGGAGCGGUCAACGAUUCCCUGGAAACAGGUGGAGAUCCCGCCUCGCUUGCUCUGGCUACACAAGCCAAAAUGGCUCUCAUGACGACGGAUACCGGGCUCUCCUUCGAGGAUCGCACCUGGCAGGGAUUGGAUCCUGCCCUUGGACAGACGGAGCCCGCCAAGUUGCAGCAGGGACUCAGUGGUAUACCCAUUAACUAUUCACACCAAUAAAGGCCUGAGAAACUU